AUUUUAGCUACUUAAAGAAGAUAUGACGGGGAUGACAGAUCACAAACCCUCCACUGAUGACUACAUUCCAAUGUCGACCAACAUGAUGGACCCUCUGCACAGCACAGAGAUACAUUUGAUGAAGCCAGACGUUAGAUUUGAGGAAGAUAAAGAAAACGACCAGCUGCAUAUACCUCUCACUCCGUCACCAGAUCUUUUAGAUCACAGUGAAGACAUUUUCUGUAAACUUCCACCAGAUAACUCUGCCUGUGGUGCCCUGAGUUACUCACUACCCUUCCCUGUUUUCAACUACCCAUCCUACACCCAGUCUCAUAACCAGCAGGACCUACCAGCUGGCUAUUUCAACUCGCCGUUCCCAACUCCCUCGCCGGUUUCCACUCCACAAUCCUUUGUGUUUGAUCCGACUUACCCUCAGAUUCCUUAUACUUCUCAUCCGGGUAAUAUGAUGGUUUCGCCUGGAGGAGACUUUGCUUCCCGCCACCUUCCCGCACUCCCACUCCUAAAACCACCCCCUGCAAAGCGAAGGAGGACUAAAGCAGGAAAGAAAACCACUUCUAGUUCAAGUAGCGUAUCUGGGAGCAAAACGCAAAGCAGUAACUCCGGUUCUAGAAAAUCUCAGAAGAAUGCUGUAGCUAGUAAGGUGAACGAACUUAAAACAACAUUGCUCGAAUAUCAUGACGCUGCCAGUGACGAGCUGUGGAGACCGGGAGGUGAACCUAAGAAAAAGAACAAAUCUUGCCAGACAACUUUCAAACAGCCUCUUCAGUUGGCGUCCUACGAGGAGUUCGCCUCACUUGCUCUUUUGCUCAGCGUAUUUCAUAAAGAAGCAACGGAUGACGCUGGCAAGAGAUACGGUGUAAAGUGUAAAGGGUAAACCCAGACACAUGUUACCAUGACAACCAAACUGAGACAGUUGCGAAGCUCCCUCCCAUCUCAGAGCUCUUUAUCACUCACGUUACAAAACUCUAAUCAGUGCUACAUGAGUGCGAUUGGUUCACUGCCGGCGGGUUAUUUCCGAUUAACAUGACUACACGUGUUUGUGGACACUUGCCUCGAAAUUAUAAGUAGGCUCUGUUUAGAUCUCGGAUGUUUUCUUCGAAACGUGGUCAGAGAUAGUUUCCAGGGAUCAAGAGGGUCACGCCUGUAACUUUAUUUAUUCAAGUCAUAUUUUUAGGAGUUUUAUUUUAUUUUUAUACCAGCCGCUAUCAGAAUUUGUAAUUUUCAUGAUUUAUUUCAAUUUUUAACAUUAUCUCAUUGUGGUUUUUAUCUGUUAACUUUUAUAAUUCAACGG